UAAAGCCCUUAAACAUCAUUUGGCGUAACCAUAGCAACUGCGAUAAUCCAAACAUUAAACCUUUUCCAAACUAAUUCUAUUAAAAUUUUGAACAAAAAUUAUAAAAAUGUCCGAAGAAUUACAAAAAGCUGGACUAUUUAUAGAUGAUAUUUACCGUUUACGUGUACAAGAUCCUCGUAUAGCCACCGAAACUAAUGAACUGAGAGAAGAAUGUUUGGAGUAUGCCAAUAAAUUGGAAGAAUUUAAAAAAUUAGCCAUAGAAUUUCAUAAAAUCGUUAAUAACUAUGGCAAAGAUGUGGAAAAGGAAAAGCUAAGGGCUAUUGGAACUCAAAAUAUGUUGAAAACAAUGGCCAAACAAAGACAGGCAGAGCAACAGUUGUACCAGAGUAAAAUACAUGAGAAAAAUUUAGAAUUGGAUCGUUUGAAAAGUGAAUAUCAAUAUUUACAGCGUAUCGAAUCGGAACAACAGGAACUUAUUAAUAAUUUCUUAAUGAAUCAAUAAAAAUAAGAGGAAACUAUGAAA